AGGUCUUAUCACAGAGAUCUCUGCAGGACGAGAUACAACGUUGGCUGCGCAUGGUAAUGAAUCUGAAGAACAAGAAAGGGCAUGAUGGCGGAUGGAAAACUUUCCUUACCAUAUUAUAUGUGUGGUGGGUGGUUUAUGGAUGUACAACAGUACAUGGAGCAAGUAAAAAGUCAGCCACGACAGCAGUUUAUAACACAACACAAGUUCAAACUAAUACAACAGAGGCUUUUACAGCCACAACAACAGCUAAUAAUCUUACCACAGCAAUGCUUUCAACAAUGACAACAAGUGGGAAAACAACAAAUAAAGCAAAUGUACAAACUACAAUUUCUACAACAACUACAACUAUACCAAAUGUCAAAUCAUCUUUGGCAACAACACUGAAGCCUCUAACAUUCUCAACAAUAAUGUCAACAUUUAAAACUGAUGCAGCAACCAUAAAUAUGCCUAAUACAACAUUGCAUCAAACAGAAACAAUUACAACCACACACAAUUCUAUGAAAUCUAAAGCUGUAGAAACAUCAACAACUGAUGCUUCUAAAAACUCUGUGCCUGAAUCAAUAUCCUCAACUCUAAAAUUAACACCAAAAACUACUGCAGAAACAAUGACUACAACUGUUACAACAACCACAACUAUGGCGGAAACCAGAACAAGUGGUGCUAGAAGAACAACAAUUUUGGAUGUCCAAACCUCCAAUUUAAAAUCCUCAGCUGUUGAAUCUACAACAACCACCGGGGCAAAAACAAGAGGUUUGGAUGCCACAUCUACCACACCAGUAUUCGUAAUGGUUACUUCAGCAUCAACAUCUCAUGUGGGCAAAAUUACCUCAAAUGAUGCAGCAAGCACAACUACAGCUGAAAGCACAACAACAGAUGAAGAAAGAACAAGAAGCUUAGCUGUCCCAAAAAACAGUCUAAAAUCCUCAAAGGUGGAAUCAGCAUCAACAACUAAUGGAAACACAAUGACUACAUCAACUGAUGCAGGGACAAUAUCUAUUGUUGAAACUACAAAAACUACUGCUAGGGCAACAAAUAAAACUUUAGGUGCCACAACCACCUCACCAAUGUCUUCAGCUGUGGAAUCAACAUUCAGUACUAAUGCAGACCCAAUAAUUACAACAACUGAUGCAGCAAACAAACAUAUGGCUGUAACCACAACAACUACACCUAAAAUUACAACAACAUCAACCUAUGAUGCCACACCCACUUCACCAGUAUCCUCAAUCUUGGAAUCAACAUCAACAACUAAUGCAGACACAGCAACUACAACGAGUAGUGCAGCAACCACAACUACAUUUGAAAGCACAGCACCCACUGUUACAACGUCUUUGGAAGCAAUGUCCACAUUGCCAGAAUCUUCAAUUGUGGAAUCAACUUUAAAAACUUAUGAAGAAACAACAGCUACAACAACUAAUGCAGCAACCUCAACUAUGUCUGAGUUCACAACAACGGCUGAGGCAACAACAACUAAUGCAGCAAUCUCAACUAUGUCUGAAUCCACAACAACUGCUGAGGAAACAAUAACUACUACUACUUUGGAUGUUGAAGCUACCACCCAAAAAUCCUCGAAUGUUGAAUCAACAUCAACAACACAUGCAGCAAUCACAAUUACAGCUGAAACAUCUGCCGGUGCAAAAACAACUUAUGAUGCCAAAGACACCUCAUUAAUGUCUCCAGCUGUCAAAUUAAUAUCAACAUCUAAUGCAAAAACAAUGAACACAACAAUUGAUGCAGCAACCAAAAGUGUGACUGAAACCCCAACAAUUACACCUGAAAUCACAACAACUUCUGGGGUAAGAACAAAAUCUUUGGAUGUCAAAAGCAGCUCACCAAUGUCUUCAACUGUGGAAUCAAUGUUAACAACUAAUACAGAAACUACAACUACUGAUACAGAAACCACAACUAUGGCUGAAACCACAACAACUGCUUGGGUAACAACAGCAAAUUUGGAUGUUACGACUACCUCAGUUUUAUCCUCAACUGUGGAGUCAACAUCAUCAUCUAAUGCAGACCCAAUGGUAACAAUGACUAAUACAGCAACCACAACUACACCUGAUUCCAUAACAGCUGCUGUUUCUACCACAACAAUAACAAAUUUGGAUGUCCCAUCCAAUUUACCAAAAUUCGAAAGUGGGGAACCAACAUCAAGAACUAAUGCAGACACGGCCAUGUCAACUAAUGCAGCAGUUAAAAGUACUGCUGAAAACAGAACAACAGGUUACAUGAGAACAACUACAAUUUUGGAGGUCCCAACUAACAGUCUAAAAUCCUCAGCUGUUGAAUCUGUAUCAACAACUGAUGCAGCAAGCAAAACUACAGCUGUAACCACAGCAACUUCUUGGACAACAAUAACAUCAGUGAAUGCUGCAACCAUCUCAACUGAGAACUCAACAUCAACAACUAAUUCAGACAAAAUCACAGCAAAUGAGGUAAGAAGAACAACGCUUUUAAAUGACACAACCACCAGUCUAAAAUACUCAAAUGUUGAAUCAACAACUAUUGGUGCAACAGAGACUUUGCAUAACACAACCACCUCACCAGGAUACACAACUGUCAUCUCAACAACAACAACAACAGCAUAUAAUGCAGACAGAAUGACACCAACAACUUAUGCAGCAAGCACAACAACCGGUGGAGCAAGAACAACAAGAUCUUUGGCUGUCCCAACCACCAGUCUAAAAUUCUCAACUAUAGAAUCAACAUCAGCAACUAAUGCUGCAACCAGAACUAUGGCUGAAACCAGAAUAACGGGUGGUAAAAGAAAAACAACAAUUUUGGAUCUUACAACCACUAGUCUAAAAUCCUCAACUGUUCAAACAACAACAACAACAACAACUGGGGCAACAAUAAAUAAUUUACAUGCUACAGCCACCUCACCAGGAUACACAACUGUUAUGUCAACAUUAACAUCUCAGGCAGACAGUAUGAAUUCUACAACUGAUGGAGCAAGCACAACUUCAUCUGAAAGCACAACAACAGAUGAAGCAAGAACGACAAGAAUUUUGGCUGUCCCAAAAACCAGUCUACAAUCAUCAACUGGUAAAUUAAUAACAAACACUGGAGCAACAACAAGAACAUUGCAUGCCACGACCAGCUCACCAGGAUACACAAAUGUCAUCUCAACAACAAUAUCACAUGCAGACAAAAUGACACCAACAACUCAUACAGCAAACACAACUACAGCUAAAAGCACAACAACAGGUAGAGGAAGAACAACAAGAACUUUGACUGUCCCAACCACCAGUCUAAAAUCCACAACUGUUAAAUCAACAUCAGCAACUGAUGCUGCAACUAGAACUAUGGCUAAAACCAGAACAAAAUGUGAUGAAAAUGAAACAAUUUUGAAUGUUCCAACCACCAGUCUAAAAUCCUCAACCAUUGAAUCAAAAUCAACAACUAAAGCUGCAACCAUAACGAUGACUAAAUCCACAACAGCAGGUGGUGCAAGAACAUCAAGAACUUUGGCCGUCCCAACCACCAGUGUAAAAUCAUCAACUGCAGAAGCAUUAUCAAAUACUGGGGCAACAACAAAAACUUUGCAUGCCAAGACCACCUCACCAGCAUAUAUAAUAACUUUUACCUCAACUUCAAGAUCUAAUGCAGAUAGAAUGACUUCAACAAAUAAUGCAGCAAGCACAACCACAGCUGAAAUGACAUCAACAAGUGAAACAAAAACGACCAGAAAUUUGUCUGUUCCAACAACCAGUCUAAAAUCCCUACCUGUGGAAUCAACAUCAAAAACUAAUGGAGAAAUAAAGACUACAACAAUAGAUGCAGCAACCAGAACUAUAGCUGAAACCACAGCAACAGGUGGGGUAACAACAAUUUUGGAUGCCACUUCCACAAUGACUUCAUCAUCUGAUGCAGGACCUACAACUAUGGCUGAAAACAAACCAACUGCUGGGGCAACAGCAACAACUUUGGUUGCCACAACCCCCUCACCAAUGUCUUCAACUGUAGAAUCGACAGCCAAACAUUUGUCUGAAACCACAACAACUUCUCCUAAAAUCACAACAAAUUCUAAUGAUGCCAUAUUAACCUCAUCAAAAUCCUCAACAGUGGAAUCUAAAUCAACAACUAAUGCAGGGACUAUGACAACAUCUGAUGCAGCAAUCACAACAAUAUCUCAAACUACAACUGCUGCUGAGGUAACGUCAAACUAUGAUGCCACACCCACUUCACCAGUAUCCUCAAUCAUGGGAUCAACAUCAACAACUAAUGUAGAUACAGUGACUAGGACACGUGGUGCAGCAACCACAACUACAUUUGAAAGCACAGCUCCCCCUGUUACAACAACAACACCUUUGAAAGCCAUGUCCACGUUGCCAAAAUCUUCAACUGAGGAAUCAACUUUAAAAAAGUUUGAAGAAACAACUACAACAAUUAAUGCAGCAACCUCACCUCUGUCUGAAACCACAACAACUGCUGAGGCAACAAUAACUACUACUACUUUGGAUGUUGAAGCUACCACCCAAAAAUCCUCAAAUGUUGAAUUAACAUCAACAACACAUGCAGCGAUCACAAUUACAGCUCAAACAGCUGCUGCAACAAGCACAACAAUAGGUGGAGUAAGAACAACAAAAACUUUGGCUGUCCCAAUAACCAGUCUAAAAUCCUCAACUAUUAAAUCAACAUCAACAACUAAAGCUGCAACCAUAACUAGGACUGAAUCCACAACAGCAGGUGGUGCAAGAACAUCAAGAACUUUGCCCAUCCCAGCCACCAUUCUAAAAUCAUCAACUGCAGAAGCAUUAUCAAAUACUGGGAAAACAACAAAAACUUUGCAUGCCAAGACCACCUCACCAGCAUACAAAACUUUUACCUCAACUUCAACAUCUAAUGCGGAUAGAAUGACUUCAACAACUACUGCAGCAAGCACAACUAUAGCUGAAACGACAUCAACAAGUGAAACCAGUCUAAAAUCCCCAACUGUGGAAUCAACAUCAAAAACUAAUGGAGAAAAAAAGACUACAACAAUAGAUGCAGCAACUAGAAAUAUGGCUGAAACCACAACAGGUGGGGUAACAACAAUUUUGGAUGCCACUUCCACAAUGACUACAUCAUCUAAUGCAGGACCUACAACUAUGGCUGAAAACAAACCAACUGCUGGGGCAACAGCUUUGGUUGCCACAACCAACUCACCAGUAUUUUCAACUGUGGAAUCGACAGCCAAACAUAUGUCUGAAACCACAACAACUUCCCCUAAAAUCACAACAAAUUUUAAAGAUGCCAUAUCAACCUCAUCAAAAUCCUCAACGGUAAAAUCUAAAUCAACAACUAAUGCAGGCACAAUAACAAAAUUUGAUGCAGCAAUCACAACAAUAGCUCAAACCACAACAGCUGCUGAGGUAACGUCAAACUAUGAUGCCACACCCACUUCACCAGUAUCCUCAAUCAUGGGAUCAACGUCAACAACUAAUGUAGAUUUAGCGACUAGAACACGUGGUGCAGCAACCACAACUACAUUUGAAAGCACAGCACCCGGUGUUACAACAACAACAUCUUUGGAAGCCAGGUCCACAUUGCCAAAAUCUUCAACUGUGGAAUCAACUUUAAAAACGUUUGAAGAAACAACUACAAUAACUAAUGAAGCAACCUCAACUCUGUCUGAAACCACAACAGCAACUGAGGCAACAAUAACUACUACUACUUUGGAUGUUGAAGGUACCACCCAAAAAUCCUCAAAUGUUGAAUUAACAUCCACAACACAUGCAGCAAUCACAAUUGCAGCACAAACUGCUGCUGCAGCAGGCACAACAACAGGUGGAGUAAAAACAACAAGAACUUUGUCUGUCCCAAAAACCAGUCUAAAAUCUUCAACCAUUGAAUUAACAUCAACAACUAAGGCUGCAACCAUAACUACGACUGAAUCCACAGCAACAGGUAGUGCAAGAACAUCAAAAACAUUGGCUGUCCCAGCCACCAGUCUAAAACCAUCAACUGCUGAUGCAAUAACAAAUACUGGGGCAACAACAAGAACUUUGCAUGCCAAGACCACAUCACCAUUAUACACAACAUUUACCUCAUCUUCAACAUCUGAUGCGGAUAGUAUGACUUCAUCAACUGACGCAUCAAGCACAACUACAACUGAAAGUACAACAACAGGUGGAGCACGAACAAGAAAAACUUUGGCUAUCCCAAUAACCAGUCUAAAAUCCUCAACUUUUAAAUCAACAUCAACAACUAAAGCUGCAACCAUAACUACGACUGAAUCCACAACAACAGGUGGUGCAAGAACAUCAAGAACUUUGGCCGUUCCAACCACCAGUCUAAAAUCAUCAACUGCAGAAGCAUUAUCAAAUACUGGGGCAACAGCAAAAACUUUGCAUGCCAAGACCACCUCACCAGCAUACAAAAAUUUUACCUCAACUUCAACAUCUAAUGCCGAUAGAAUGUCUUCAACAACUACUGCAGCAAGCACAACUACAACUGAAAGCACAACAACAGGUAGAGGAAGAACAACAAGAUCUUUGACUGUCCCAACCACCAGUCUAAAAUCCUCAACUGUUGAAUCAACAUCAGCAACUGAUGCUGCAACUAGAACUAUGGCUAAAACCAGAACAAAAUGUGAUGAAAAUGAAACAAUUUUGAAUGUUCCAACCACCAGUCUAAAAUCCUCAACCAUUGAAUCAAAAUCAACAACUAAAGCUGCAACCAUAACAAUGACUAAAUCCACAACAACAGGUGGUGCAAGAACAUCAAGAACUUUGCCCGUCCCAACCACCAGUGUAAAAUCAUCAACUGCAGAAGCAUUAUCAAAUACUGGGGCAACAACAAAAACUUUGCAUGCCAAGACCACCUCACCAGCAUAUAUAAUAACUUUUACCUCAACUUCAAAAUCUAAUGCAGAUAGAAUGACUUCAACAAAUAAUGCAGCAAGCACAACUACAGCUAAAAUGACAUCAACAAGUGAAACAAAAUCGACCAGAAAUUUGUCUGUUCCAACAACCAGUCUAAAAUCCCCACCUGUGGAAUCAACAUCAAAAACUAAUGGAGAAAUAAAGACUACAACAAUAGAUGCAGCAACCAGAACUAUAGCUGAAACCACAACAACAGGUGGGGUAACAACAAUUUUGGAUGCCACUUCCACAAUGACUUCAUCAUCUGAUGCAGGACCUACAACUAUGGCUGAAAACAAACCAACUGCUGGGGCAACAGCUUUGGUUGCCAAAACCACCUCACCAGUAUUUUCAACUGUGGAAUCGACAGCCAAACAUAUGUCUGAAACUACAACAACUUCCCCUAAAAUCACAACAAAUUCUAAAGAUGCCAUAUCAACCUCAUCAAAAUCCUCAACGGUGAAAUCUAAAUCAACAACUAACGCAGGCACAAUAACAACAUUUGAUGCAGCAAUCACAACAAUAGCUCAAACCACAACAGCUGCUGAGGUAACGUCAAACUAUGAUGCCACACCCACUUCACCAGUAUCCUCAAUCAUGGGAUCAACGUCAACAACUAAUGUAGAUACAGUGACUAGGACACGUGGUGCAGCAACCACAACUACAUUUAAAAGCACAGCACCCGCUGUUAAAACAACAACAACAACACCUUUGAAAGCCAUGUCCACAUUGCCAAAAUCUUCAACUGUGGAAUCAACUUUAAAAACGUAUGAAGAAACAACUACAACAACUAAUGCAGCAACCUCAACUCUGUCUGAAACCACAACAGCUACUGAGGCAACAACAACUACUACUACUUUAGAUGUUGAAGCCACCACCCAAAAAUCCUCAAAUGUUGAAUUAACAUCAACAACACAUGCAGCAAUCACAAUUGCAGCUCAAACAGCUGCUGCAGCAGGCACAACAACAGAUGGAAUAAAAACAACAAGAACUUUGUCUGUCCCAAAAACCAGUCUAAAAUCUUCAACCAUUGAAUUAAUAUCAACAACUAAGUCUGCAACCAUAACUACGACUGAAUCCACAGCAACAGGUAGUGCAAGAACAUCAAAAACUUUGGCUGUCCCAGACACCAGUCUAAAACCAUCAACUGCUGAUGCAAUAACAAAUACUGGGGCAACAACAAAAAAUUUCCAUGCCAAGACCACAUCACCAGUAUACACAACAUUUACCUCAUCUUCAACAUCUGAUGCGGAUAGUAUGACUUCAUCAACUGAAGCAUCAAGCACAACUACAAUUGAAAGCACAACAACAGGUGGAGCAAGAACAACAAGAACUUUGGCUGUUCCAAAAACCAGUCUAAAAUCCUCAACUAUUGAAUCAAUAUCAACAACUAAGGCUGCAACCAUAACUACGACUGAAUCCACAACAGCCGGUGGUACAAGAACAUCAAGAGCUUUGGCUGUCCCAACCAAUAGUUUAAAAUCAUCAACUGCUGAAGCGAUAACAAAUACUGGGGCAACAACAAGAACUUUGCAUGCCAUGACCACCUCACCAGCAUACAAAAAUUUUACCUCAACUUCAACAUCUAAUGCAGAUAGAAUGACUUCAACAACCACUGCAGCAAGCACAACUACAACUGAAAGUACAACAACAGGUGGAGCAAGAACAACAAGAACUUUGGCUGUCCCAAUAACCAGUCUAAAAUCCUCAACUGCAGAAGCAAAAUCAAAUACUGGGGCAACAACGAGAACUUCAACAUCUAAUGCACAUAAAAUGACUUCAACAACUACAGCUGAAACAACAUCAACAAGUGAAACAAAAACAACCAGAAAUUUGUCUGUUCCAACAACCAGUCUAAAACCCCCAACUGUGGAAUCAACAUCAACAACUAAUGCAGAAAUAAAGACUACAACAAUAGAUGCAGCAACCAGAACUAUGGCUGAAACCACAACAACAGGUGGGGUAACAACAAAUUUGGAUGCCACUUCCACAAUGACUUUAUCAUCUGAUGCAGGACCUACAACUAUAGCUGAAAACAAACCAACUGCUGGGGCAACAGCAACAGCUUUGGUUGCCACAACCCCCUCACCAAUAUUUUCAACUGUGGAAUCGACAGCCAAACAUUUGUCUGAAACCACAACAACUUCUCCUAAAAUCACAACAAAUUCUAAGGAUCCGAUAUCCACCUCAUCAAAAUCCUCAACCGUGAAUUCUAAAUCAACAACUAAUGCAGGCACAAUGACAACAUCUGAUGAAGCAAUCACAACAAUAUCUCAAACUACAACAGCUGCUGAGGUAACGUCAAACUAUGAUGCUAUACCCACUUCACUAGUAUCCUCAAUCAUGGAAUUAACAUCAACAACUAAUGUUGAUACAGCGACUAGGAAACAUGGUUCAGCAACCACAACUACAUUUGAAAGCACAGCACCUGCUGUUACAACAACAUCUUUGGAAGUCAUGUUCCCAUUGCUAAAAUCUUCAACUGUGGAUUCAACUUUAAAAAUGUAUGAAGAAACAACUACCACAACUAAUGGAGCAACCCCAACUCUGUCUGAAACCACAACAACUGCUAAGGAAACAAUAACUACUACUUCUUUGGAUGUUGAAGCUACAACCCAAAAAUCCUCAAAUGUUGAAUCAACAUCAACAGCACAUGCAGAAAUCACAAUUACAGCUCAAACAGUUGCUGGGGCAACAACAACAACUUAUGAUGCCAUAUACACCUCGUCAAUCUCUUCAGCUAAUGAAUUAAUUUCAACAUCUAGUGCAAAAGCAAUGAACACAACAAUUGUUGCAGCAACCAAAAGUAUGACUGAAUCCCCAACAAGUACACCUGAAAUCACAACAACCUCUGGAGCAGCAACAACAUCAGUGGACGCUGCGACCAUCUCAACUGAAAAGUCAACAUCAACAUCAACAACUAACGCGGACAAAAUGACAACAAAUGGGUUAAAGAGAACUACACUUUUAAUUGGCCCAACCACGAGUCUAAAAUCUUCAAAUGUUGUAUCAACAACAACAACUACUGGUGGAAGAACAAGACCUUUGCAUGCCACAACCACUUCACCAGCCUACACAACUGACAUCUCACCAACCAAAUCUAAUGUAGACAGAAUGACACCACCAACACAUGCAGCAUGCACAACAACAGGUGGAGUAAAAACAACAAGAACUUUGUCUGUCCCAAAAACCAGUCUAAAAUCUUCAACCAUUGAAUUAACAUCAACAACUAAGGCUGCAACCAUAACUAUGACUGAAUCCACAGCAACAGGUAAUGCAAGAACAUCAAAAACUUUGGCUGUCCCAACCACCAAUCUAAAAUCAACAACUGCUGAAGCAACAACAAAUACUGGGGCAACAACAAGAACUUUGCAUGCCAAAACCACCUCACCAGUAUACACAACUUUUACCUCAUCUUCAACAUCUAAUGCGGAUAGAAUGACUUCAACAACUGAUGCAUCAAGCACAGCAACAGAUGUUGCAAGAACAACAAGAACUUUGUCUUUCCCAAAAACCAGUCGAGAAUCCUUAACUAUUAAACCAACAUCAACAACUAAGGCUGCAACCAUAACUACGACUGAAUCCACAACAACAGGUGGUGCAAGAACAUCAAGAACUUUGGUUGUCCCAACCACCAGUCUAAAAUCAUCAACUGCUGAAGCGAUAACAAAUACUGGGGCAACAAGAAGAACUUUGCAUGCCAAGACCACCUCACCAGUAUACACAACUUUUCCCAUAACUUCAACAUCUAAUGCAUAUGGAAUAACUUCAACAACCACUGCAGCAAGCACAACUACAGCUGAAACAACAUCAUCAAGUGAAACAAAAACAACCAGUAAUUUGUCUGUCCCAAUAACCAGUUUAAAAUUCCCAACUGUGGAAUCAACAUCAACAACUGAUGGAGGAAUAAAGACUUCAACAAUAAAUGCACCAUCCAGAACUAUCGCUGAAACAGUAACCACAGGUCGAGAAACAACAGCAAGUUAUGAUGCUGUAUCCAGCUUUCCGAUAUCAUCAAGGGUGGAAUCAUCACCAACUUAUAAAGACACAAAGACUACAGCACCUGACACUGCAACCUUAACAACAGCUCAAACAACGACUGCAACGACUGGGGAAACAACAACAAAUUAUGAUGCUACAUCCAACUUUCCACUAUCCUCAUCCGUGGGAUCAAACUUAACAACUAAUGCAGACACAUUGACUACAGCACCUAAUACUGUAACCUCAACAACAGUUCAAACCACAAUAACCACUGGGGAAACAACAAUAACAACUUAUGAUGCUACAGCCACCUCACCAGUAUUCUCAACUGUACAAUUAACAACAACAAGCAAGGCAGACAUAAUGACUUCAGCAUCUGACACUGCAACCACAACUAAUGCUCAAACUACAACAGCUGCUGGGACAACAACUUCUGAUGAGACAUCCACCAUUUCGCUGUCCUCAACUGUGGAAUCAUCAUCCACAACUAAUCAAGACACAAUGACUACAGCGCCUGAUACAGCAAAAAAAACUACAGCUCAAACCACAAAAGCGGCUGAGGAAACAACAACUUCUGAUACCACAUUUGCUUCGCCAAAUUCCUCAACUGUGGAGUCAAGCUCAACAAGCAAUGCAGUCCCAUUGGCUACAUCGCCUGAUACUGCAACCACAACAACAUCUAAAACCACAACAGCUGCUGGUGAAACAACAACAAACUAUAAUGCCACAUACACAUUAACAAUAUCCUCAAUUGCGGAAUCAACAAACAAUGCAGACACUAUGACUAGAGCACCUGAUACUGUAACCACAACUGCAGCUCAAACCACAAAAGCUGCUGGGGAAACAACAACAUUUUUUGAUGCCACAUCCACCUCAGCAGUACCUUCAAUUGUGGAAUCAUCAACAAAUAAAGACACUUUGACUACAGAAUCUGAUACAACAACCACAACUUUAUCUGAAACCACAAAAGCUGCUGAGGAAACGACAACAGCUUAUGAUGCCACAUCCACCUCAACAGUGUCCUCCACUGUGAAGUCAACCUCAACAAAUAAUGCAGUUACAAUGACUACAGCACCUGAUACAUCAAUCACAAUUACAACUGAAACCACAACAUCUGCUAAGGCAACAUCAAGAAGUUACUAUCCCACAUCUAAUGCUCUGCUAUCCUCAAUUGUGGACUUAACAUCAACAACUAAUGCAGACUCUUUGACUACGCCACCUGACACUAUAACCACAACAACAGCUCAAACCACAACAGCUGUGGAGGAAACAACAACAAAUUAUGAUGCCACCUCCACCUCACCAGUAUCCUCAAUUGUGGACUUAAAAUCAACAACCACUGCAGAAAAAAUAACUACAUCACCUGAUACAACUGCCAAAACUACAGCUGAAACCACAACAGCUGCUGGAGCUACAACAAAACAUUAUGAUGCCACAUCUACCUCUUCACGAGCCUCAACUUUGGAAUCAUUAACAAUUAAUGCUGACACUAUGACUACAUCACCUGACAAAACAACCACAACAACCUCUCCAACCACAACAGCUACUGAGGAAACGACAACAAAAAUGUAUGCUGCCACAAUCACCUCAACAGUGUCUUCACUUGUUGAAUCAACACAAACAUCAAAUGUAGAAAAAUUGACUACAUCACCUGAAACAACAAGCACAACUACAGCUGAAACCACAACAGCUGCUGAGGUAAAAACAACUUUUGAUGCCACAUCCACUCCUCCACUAUCCUCAACUGUGGAAUCAACAACUAAUGCAGACAGAAUGACUACAGCACCUGAUAAAACAACCACCAUUACCGCUGACACCAAAAUAUUUGCUGGGGCAACAACAUCAACUUCUGAUGUGACAUCCACCAUUUCGCUGUCCUCAACUGUGGAAUCAUCAUCCACAACUAAUCAAGACACAAUGACUACAGCACCUGAUACAGCAAGAAAAACUACAGCUCAAACCACAAAAGCGGCUGAGGAAACAACAACUUCUGAAACCACAUUUACUAUGCCAGAUUCCUCAACUGUAGAGUCAACCUCAGCAAAUCAUGCAAUCCCAUUGGCUACAUCACCUGAUACUGCAACCACAGCAACAGCUAAAAGCACAACAGCUGCUGGUGAAACAACAACAAAAUAUAAUAACGCCACAUCAACAGUAUCCUCAAUUGUGGAAUCAACAUCAACGACUUAUGCAGACACUAUGACUACAGCACUUGAUACCGUAACCACAACUGCAGCUCAAACCACAACAGCUGCAGGUGAAACAACAACAUUUUUUGAUGCCACAUCCACCUCAGCAGUACCUUCAAUUGUGGAAUCAUCAACAAAUAAAGACACUUUGACUACAGAAUCUGAUACAACAACCACAACUUUAUCUGAAACCACAAAAGCUGCUGAGGAAACGACAACAGCUUAUGAUGCCACAUCCACCUCAACAGUGUCCUCCACUGUGAAGUCAACCUCAACAAAUAAUGCAGUUACAAUGACUACAGCACCUGAUACAUCAAUCACAAUUACAACUGAAACCACAACAUCUGCUAAGGCAACAUCAAGAAGUUACUAUCCCACAUCCAAUGCUCUGCUAUCCUCAAUUGUGGACUUAACAUCAACAACUAAUGCAGACACUUUGACUACGCCACCUGACACUAUAACCACAACAACAGCUCAAACCACAACAGCUGUUGAGGAAACAACAACAAAUUAUGAUGCCACAUCCACCUCACCAGUAUCCUCAAUUGUGGACUUAAAAUCAACAACCAAUGCAGAAAAAAGAACUACAUCACCUGAUACAACUGCCAAAACUACAGCUGAAACCACAACAGCUGCUGGGGCUACAACAAAACAUUAUGAUGCCACAUCUACCUCUUCACGAGCCUCAAAUUUGGAAUCAUCAUCAUCUAAUGCUGACACUAUGACUACAUCACCUGACAAAACAACCACAACAACCUCUCCAACCACAACAGCUACUGAGGAAACAACAACAAAAACGUAUGCUGCCACAAUCACCUCAACAGUGUCUUCACUUGUUGAAUCAACACAAACAUCAAAUGUAGAAAAAUUGAUUACAUCAUCCUGAAACAACAAGCACAACUACAGCUGAAACCACAACAGCUGCUGAGACAAAAACUACUUUUGAUGCCACAUCCACUCCUCCACUAUCCUCAACUGUGGAAUCAACAACUAAUGCAGACAGAAUGACUACAGCACCUGAUAAAACAACCACCAUUACAGCUGACACCAAAAUAUCUGCUGGGGCAACAACAUCAACUUCUGAUGUGACAUCCACCAUUUCGCUGUCCUCAACUGUGGAAUCAUCUUCCACAACUAAUCAAGACACAAUGACUACAGCACCUGAUACAGCAAGAAAAACUACAGCUCAAACCACAAAAGCGGCUGAGGAAACAACAACUUCUGAAACCACAUUUACUAUGCCAGAUUCCUCAACUGUAGAGUCAACCUCAGCAAAUCAUGCAAUCCCAUUGGCUACAUCACCUGAUACUGCAACCACAGCAACAGCUAAAAGCACAACAGCUGCUGGUGAAACAACAACAAAAUAUAAUAACGCCACAUCCACAUCAACAGUAUCCUCAAUUGUGGAAUCAACAUCAACGACUUAUGCAGACACUAUGACUACAGCACUUGAUACCGUAACCACAACUGCAGCUCAAACCACAACAGCUGCAGGGGAAACAACAACAUUUUUUGAUGCCACAUCCACCUCAGCAGUACCUUCAAUUGUGGAAUCAUCAACAAAUAAAGACACUUUGACUACAGAAUCUGAUACAACAACCACAACUUUAUCUGAAACCACAAAAGCUGCUGAGGAAACGACAACAGCUUAUGAUGCCACAUCCACCUCAACAGUGUCCUCCACUGUGAAGUCAACCUCAACAAAUAAUGCAGUUACAAUGACUACAGCACCUGAUACAUCAAUCACAAUUACAACUGAAACCACAACAUCUGCUAAGGCAACAUCAAGAAGUUACUAUCCCACAUCCAAUGCUCUGCUAUCCUCAAUUGUGGACUUAACAUCAACAACUAAUGCAGACUCUUUGACUACGCCACCUGACACUAUAACCACAACAACAGCUCAAACCACAACAGCUGUGGAGGAAACAACAACAAAUUAUGAUGCCACCUCCACCUCACCAGUAUCCUCAAUUGUGGACUUAAAAUCAACAACCAAUGCAGAAAAAAGAACUACAUCACCUGAUACAACUGCCAAAACUACAGCUGAAACCACAACAGCUGCUGGAGCUACAACAAAACAUUAUGAUGCCACAUCUACCUCUUCACAAGCCUCAACUUUGGAAUCAUCAACAACUAAUGCUGACACUAUGACUACAUCACCUGACAAAACAACCACAACAACCUCUCCAACCACAACAGCUACUGAGGAAACGACAACAAAAACGUAUGCUGCCACAAUCACCUCAACAGUGUCUUCACUUGUUGAAUCAACACAAACAUCAAAUGUAGAAAAAUUGACUACAUCACCUGAAACAACAAGCACAACUACAGCUGAAACCACAACAGCUGCUGAGGUAAAAACUACUUUUGAUGCCACAUCCACUCCUCCACUAUCCUCAACUGUGGAAUCAACAACUAAUACAGACAGAAUGACUACAGCACCUGAUAAAACAACCACCAUUACAGCUGACACCAAAAUAUUUGCUGGGGCAACAACAUCAACUUCUGAUGUGACAUCCACCAUUUCGCUGUCCUCAACUGUGGAAUCAUCAUCCACAACUAAUCAAGACACAAUGACUACAGCACCUGAUACAGCAAGAAAAACUACAGCUCAAACCACAAAAGCGGCUGAGGAAACAACAACUUCUGAAACCACAUUUACUAUGCCAGAUUCCUCAACUGUAGAGUCAACCUCAGCAAAUCAUGCAAUCCCAUUGGCUACAUCACCUGAUACUGCAACCACAGCAACAGCUAAAAGCACAACAGCUGCUGGUGAAACAACAACAAAAUAUAAUAACGCCACAUCCACAUCAACAGUAUCCUCAAUUGUGGAAUCAACAUCAACGACUUAUGCAGACAGUAUGACUACAGCACUCGAUACCGUAACCACAACUGCAGCUCAAACCACAACAGCUGCUGGGGAAACAACAACAUUUUUUGAUGCCACAUCCACCUCAGCAGUACCUUCGAUUGUGGAAUCAUCAACAAAUAAAGACACUUUGACUACAGAAUCUGAUACAACAACCACAACUUUAUCUGAAACCACAAAAGCUGCUGAGGAAACGACAACAGCUUAUGAUGCCACAUCCACCUCAACAGUGUCCUCCACUGUGAAGUCAACCUCAACAAAUAAUGCAGUUACAAUGACUACAGCACCUGAUACAUCAAUCACAAUUACAACUGAAACCACAACAUCUGCUAAGGCAACAUCAAGAAGUUACUAUCCCACAUCCAAUGCUCUGCUAUCCUCAAUUGUGGACUUAACAUCAACAACUAAUGCAGACUCUUUGACUACGCCACCUGACACUAUAACCACAACAACAGCUCAAACCACAACAGCUGUGGAGGAAACAACAACAAAUUAUGAUGCCACCUCCACCUCACCAGUAUCCUCAAUUGUGGACUUAAAAUCAACAACCAAUGCAGAAAAAAGAACUACAUCACCUGAUACAACUGCCAAAACUACAGCUGAAACCACAACAGCUGCUGGAGCUACAACAAAACAUUAUGAUGCCACAUCUACCUCUUCACAAGCCUCAACUUUGGAAUCAUCAACAACUAAUGCUGACACUAUGACUACAUCACCUGACAAAACAACCACAACAACCUCUCCAACCACAACAGCUACUGAGGAAACAACAACAAAAACGUAUGCUGCCACAAUCACCUCAACAGUGUCUUCACUUGUUGAAUCAACACAAACAUCAAAUGUAGAAAAAUUGAUUACAUCACCUGAAACAACAAGCACAACUACAGCUGAAACCACAACAGCUGCUGAGAUAAAAACAACUUUUGAUGCCACAUCCACUCCUCCACUAUCCUCAACUGUGGAAUCAACAACUAAUGCAGACAGAAUGGCUACAGCACCUGAUACAACAACCACCAUUACAGCUGACACCAAAAUAUCUGCUGGGGCAACAACAUCAACUUCUGAUGUGACAUCCACCAUUUCGCUGCCCUCAACUGUGGAAUCAUCAUCAACAACUAAUCAAGACACUAUGACUACAGCACCUGAUACAGCAAGAAAAACUACAGCUCAAACCACAAAAGCAGCUGAGAAAACAACAACUUCUGAAACCACAUAUACUAUGCCAGAUUCCUCAACUGUAGAGUCAACCUCAGCAAAUCAUGCAAUCCCAUUGGCUACAUCACCUGAUACUGCAACCACAGCAACAGCUAAAAGCACAACAGCUGCUGGUGAAACAACAACAAAAUAUAAUAACGCCACAUCCACAUCAACAGUAUCCUCAAUUGUGGAAUCAACAUCAACGACUUAUGCAGACACUAUGACUACAGCACUUGAUACCGUAACCACAACUGCAGCUCAAACCACAACAGCUGCUGGGGAAACAACAACAUUUUUUGAUGCCACAUCCACCUCAGCAGUACCUUCAAUUGUGGAAUCAUCAACAAAUAAAGACACUUUGUCUACAGAAUCUGAUACAACAACCACAACUUUAUCUGAAACCACAAAAGCUGCUGAGGAAACGACAACAGCUUAUGAUGCCACAUCCACCUCAACAGUGUCCUCCACUGUGAAGUCAACCUCAACAAAUAAUGCAGUUACAAUGACUACAGCACCUGAUACAUCAAUCACAAUUACAACUGAAACCACAACAUCUGCUAAGGCAACAUCAAGAAGUUACUAUCCCACAUCCAAUGCUCUGCUAUCCUCAAUUGUGGACUUAACAUCAACAACUAAUGCAGACACUUUGACUACGCCACCUGACACUAUAACCACAACAACAGCUCAAACCACAACAGCUGUAGAGGAAACAACAACAAAUUAUGAUGCCACAUCCACCUCACCAGUAUCCUCAAUUGUGGACUUAAAAUCAACAACCAAUGCAGAAAAAAGAACUACAUCACCUGAUACAACUGCCAAAACUACAGCUGAAACCACAACAGCUGCUGGAGCUACAACAAAACAUUAUGAUGCCACAUCUACCUCUUCACAAGCCUCAACUUUGGAAUCAUCAACAACUAAUGCUGACACUAUGACUACAUCACCUGACAAAACAACCACAACAACCUCUCCAACCACAACAGCUACUGAGGAAACGACAACAAAAAUGUAUGCUGCCACAAUCACCUCAACAGUGUCUUCACUUGUUGAAUCAACACAAACAUCAAAUGUAGAAAAAUUGACUACAUCACCUGAAACAACAAGCACAACUACAGCUGAAACCACAACAGCUGCUGAGGUAAAAACAACUUUUGAUGCCACAUCCACUCCUCCACUAUCCUCAACUGUGGAAUCAACAACUAAUGCAGACAGAAUGACUACAGCACCUGAUAAAACAACCACCAUUACAGCUGACACCAAAAUAUUUGCUGGGGCAACAACAUCAACUUCUGAUGUGACAUCCACCAUUUCGCUGUCCUCAACUGUGGAAUCAUCUUCCACAACUAAUCAAGACACAAUGACUACAGCACCUGAUACAGCAAGAAAAACUACAGCUCAAACCACAAAAGCGGCUGAGGAAACAACAACUUCUGAAACCACAUUUACUAUGCCAGAUUCCUCAACUGUAGAGUCAACCUCAGCAAAUCAUGCAAUCCCAUUGGCUACAUCACCUGAUACUGCAACCACAGCAACAGCUAAAAGCACAACAGCUGCUGGUGAAACAACAACAAAAUAUAAUAACGCCACAUCCACAUCAACAGUAUCCUCAAUUGUGGAAUCAACAUCAACGACUUAUGCAGACACUAUGACUACAGCACUUGAUACCGUAACCACAACUGCAGCUCAAACCACAACAGCUGCAGGGGAAACAACAACAUUUUUUGAUGCCACAUCCACCUCAGCAGUACCUUCAAUUGUGGAAUCAUCAACAAAUAAAGACACUUUGACUACAGAAUCUGAUACAACAACCACAACUUUAUCUGAAACCACAAAAGCUGCUGAGGAAACGACAACAGCUUAUGAUGCCACAUCCACCUCAACAGUGUCCUCCACUGUGAAGUCAACCUCAACAAAUAAUGCAGUUACAAUGACUACAGCACCUGAUACAUCAAUCACAAUUACAACUGAAACCACAACAUCUGCUAAGGCAACAUCAAGAAGUUACUAUCCCACAUCCAAUGCUCUGCUAUCCUCAAUUGUGGACUUAACAUCAACAACUAAUGCAGACUCUUUGACUACGCCACCUGACACUAUAACCACAACAACAGCUCAAACCACAACAGCUGUGGAGGAAACAACAACAAAUUAUGAUGCCACCUCCACCUCACCAGUAUCCUCAAUUGUGGACUUAAAAUCAACAACCAAUGCAGAAAAAGAACUACAUCACCUGAUACAACUGCCAAAACUACAGCUGAAACCACAACAGCUGCUGGAGCUACAACAAAACAUUAUGAUGCCACAUCUACCUCUUCACAAGCCUCAACUUUGGAAUCAUCAACAACUAAUGCUGACACUAUGACUACAUCACCUGACAAAACAACCACAACAACCUCUCCAACCACAACAGCUACUGAGGAAACGACAACAAAAAUGUAUGCUGCCACAAUCACCUCAACAGUGUCUUCACUUGUUGAAUCAACACAAACAUCAAAUGUAGAAAAAUUGACUACAUCACCUGAAACAACAAGCACAACUACAGCUGAAACCACAACAGCUGCUGAGGUAAAAACAACUUUUGAUGCCACAUCCACUCCUCCACUAUCCUCAACUGUGGAAUCAACAACUAAUGCAGACAGAAUGACUACAGCACCUGAUAAAACAACCACCAUUACAGCUGACACCAAAAUAUUUGCUGGGGCAACAACAUCAACUUCUGAUGUGACAUCCACCAUUUCGCUGUCCUCAACUGUGGAAUCAUCUUCCACAACUAAUCAAGACACAAUGACUACAGCACCUGAUACAGCAAGAAAAACUACAGCUCAAACCACAAAAGCGGCUGAGGAAACAACAACUUCUGAAACCACAUUUACUAUGCCAGAUUCCUCAACUGUAGAGUCAACCUCAGCAAAUCAUGCAAUCCCAUUGGCUACAUCACCUGAUACUGCAACCACAGCAACAGCUAAAAGCACAACAGCUGCUGGUGAAACAACAACAAAAUAUAAUAACGCCACAUCCACAUCAACAGUAUCCUCAAUUGUGGAAUCAACAUCAACGACUUAUGCAGACACUAUGACUACAGCACUUGAUACCGUAACCACAACUGCAGCUCAAACCACAACAGCUGCAGGGGAAACAACAACAUUUUUUGAUGCCACAUCCACCUCAGCAGUACCUUCAAUUGUGGAAUCAUCAACAAAUAAAGACACUUUGACUACAGAAUCUGAUACAACAACCACAACUUUAUCUGAAACCACAAAAGCUGCUGAGGAAACGACAACAGCUUAUGAUGCCACAUCCACCUCAACAGUGUCCUCCACUGUGAAGUCAACCUCAACAAAUAAUGCAGUUACAAUGACUACAGCACCUGAUACAUCAAUCACAAUUACAACUGAAACCACAACAUCUGCUAAGGCAACAUCAAGAAGUUACUAUCCUACAUCCAAUGCUCUGCUAUCCUCAAUUGUGGACUUAACAUCAACAACUAAUGCAGACUCUUUGACUACGCCACCUGACACUAUAACCACAACAACAGCUCAAACCACAACAGCUGUGGAGGAAACAACAACAAAUUAUGAUGCCACCUCCACCUCACCAGUAUCCUCAAUUGUGGACUUAAAAUCAACAACCAAUGCAGAAAAAAGAACUACAUCACCUGAUACAACUGCCAAAACUACAGCUGAAACCACAACAGCUGCUGGAGCUACAACAAAACAUUAUGAUGCCACAUCUACCUCUUCACAAGCCUCAACUUUGGAAUCAUCAACAACUAAUGCUGACACUAUGACUACAUCACCUGACAAAACAACCACAACAACCUCUCCAACCACAACAGCUACUGAGGAAACGACAACAAAAAUGUAUGCUGCCACAAUCACCUCAACAGUGUCUUCACUUGUUGAAUCAACACAAACAUCAAAUGUAGAAAAAUUGACUACAUCACCUGAAACAACAAGCACAACUACAGCUGAAACCACAACAGCUGCUGAGGUAAAAACAACUUUUGAUGCCACAUCCACUCCUCCACUAUCCUCAACUGUGGAAUCAACAACUAAUGCAGACAGAAUGACUACAGCACCUGAUAAAACAACCACCAUUACAGCUGACACCAAAAUAUUUGCUGGGGCAACAACAUCAACUUCUGAUGUGACAUCCACCAUUUCGCUGUCCUCAACUGUGGAAUCAUCAUCCACAACUAAUCAAGACACAAUGACUACAGCACCUGAUACAGCAAGAAAAACUACAGCUCAAACCACAAAAGCGGCUGAGGAAACAACAACUUCUGAAACCACAUUUACUAUGCCAGAUUCCUCAACUGUAGAGUCAACCUCAGCAAAUCAUGCAAUCCCAUUGGCUACAUCACCUGAUACUGCAACCACAGCAACAGCUAAAAGCACAACAGCUGCUGGUGAAACAACAACAAAAUAUAAUAACGCCACAUCCACAUCAACAGUAUCCUCAAUUGUGGAAUCAACAUCAACGACUUAUGCAGACACUAUGACUACAGCACUUGAUACCGUAACCACAACUGCAGCUCAAACCACAAACAGCUGCAGGGGAAACAACAACAUUUUUUGA